AUAUCCUGCUGUUCCAGAAUGUCUUGGACACUUGCCUUCCACAUCUGACCGCCGCGUGUGACCUGCCCCAGCGCACUGGCUCCGCAGACCUCUCCCAGUUCCCACAGCCAUGCUGGGGUGAAAACAGCACUGAUAGAGGAUCACCCUGAAAUGGGGAACACUGAAAUUCUGGAAAAGGAGCCCCCAGAGAGUCUCAGUAAUGGCACCAGCAGCAACUUAGAAGCAGCCAAAAGGUUGGCCAAACGCCUUUAUCAUCUAGACAGAUUCAAAAGAUCAGAUGUCGCAAAGCACCUAGGCAAGAACAAUGAAUUUAGCAAACUAGUUGCAGAAGAAUAUCUGAAGUUUUUUGAUUUUACAGGAAUGACGCUGGACCAGUCCCUCAGGUAUUUCUUUAAAGCAUUUUCUCUUGCGGGAGAAACUCAAGAACGAGAGAGAGUUUUAGUACACUUCUCCAAUAGAUAUUUUUAUUGUAACCCGGAUACCAUUGCUUCACAAGAUGGAGUCCACUGCCUCACCUGUGCAAUGAUGCUUCUCAACACGGAUCUCCAUGGCCAUAAUAUUGGAAAGAAGAUGACCUGCCAAGAGUUCAUUGCAAACCUCCAAGGCGUCAAUGAGGGUGGUGAUUUCUCCAAGGAUCUACUGAAAGCUCUCUACAAUUCCAUCAAGAAUGAGAAGCUUGAAUGGGCAGCAGAUGAUGAAGAGAAAAAAAAGUCUCCAUCAGAGGGUACUGAUGAAAAGGCUAAUGGAACACAUCCAAAGACCAUCAGUCGUAUUGGGAGUACUACCAACCCAUUCUUGGACAUUCCUCAUGACCCAAACGCUGCUGUGUACAAAAGUGGAUUCUUGGCUCGGAAGAUUCACGCAGAUAUGGAUGGAAAGAAGACUCCAAGAGGAAAGCGAGGAUGGAAAACCUUUUAUGCCGUACUAAAGGGAACAGUUCUUUACUUGCAAAAGGAUGAAUAUAAGCCAGAGAAGUCUCUGUCUGAAGAGGAUUUGAAAAAUGCAGUGAGUGUGCACCACGCCCUGGCGUCCAAGGCCACGGACUACGAGAAGAAGCCGAAUGUGCUUAAACUGAAGACUGCCGACUGGAGGGUCUUGCUUUUUCAGGCCCAGAGUCCCGAGGAAAUGCAGGGGUGGAUAAACAAAAUCAACUGCGUUGCAGCCGUGUUUUCUGCACCACCGUUUCCAGCAGCCAUUGGGUCUCAGAAGAAGUUCAGUCGCCCACUUCUGCCGGCCACUACAACAAAGCUGUCUCAGGAGGAACAGCUGAAAUCUCAUGAAAGCAAGCUGAAGCAGAUUACCACCGAGCUGGCCGAGCAUCGCUCCUACCCCCCGGACAAGAAGGUGAAGGCCAAGGAGAUAGACGAGUACAAACUGAAAGAUCACUAUCUGGAGUUUGAGCAAACCCGCUAUGAAACGUACGUCAGCAUUCUGAAAGAAGGCGGCAAGCAGCUCCUGUGUAACAGCGACGGUGAGGCUGCAGGACUGAAGAAGUCGCAUUCGAGUCCCUCGCUGAACCCAGAUUCUUCUCCGGUCACUGCCAAAGUCAAGCGGAACGUGUCCGAGAGAAAAGAUCACCGACCUGAGACACCCAGCAUUAAGCAAAAAGUUACUUAGAAUCCAUCUGCGACCAGGAAAGUGCUGGUCAUGGAGCAAAAUAGAGUUUUUCAAGAUCUUUCUGGUAAAUCCGUGAAUAUAUUUAAAACAAUUCAGUCUGUGACUAAAUGGUGCAUUAGUAACCUUUUCUAUUGUAUAUUUUUUGUUAGUUUCUGUACAGAUGGUCCCUUUGCUCUUGAUUUCUUUGCUUUGAUGAUUUUUGCUACUUGAUAACUAAUGCACCUUUUUGUGAAGGGGAGGGGAUCAUGAUUUCAGAAUGAAUUAUGUAUCACUUCUCCUUUGGAUUUCUCUCGUUUGCACUCUCAGUUGUUUUUAU